AUGGGGUCUCUUUCCUCCGCCGAUACUUUGGGCACCUGUGCAACUGGUACUACUAGCUACUCGUCCAGCACUGAAGAAUCGGACGGCUUGCAGGCUCAUGCUACAGAUGUCGAUGCUCUCCACCCAGUUGAACGUCUGUCCAACAGGAUUGACAAGAAGUUCAACGUGUACAAUGGCUGCACUGGCUGUUUCCUGUGCGCUUUUACUCCCACGAAGACCAACAUACCACUGUGGAUACCAAAUGAGGGGCCAAUAAGACUACAAGACACGGGCGUAGCAUUCCCUACAAUUGUGGCGUCACUCCCAGGAAACGACCGUGGAUUCUUUGCGUUGCCUCAAUGGGCGGACAUCUCGGUCGUCUUUGAGGUCAUGCAGCAGGAGGACGACGAUCCAAUCUGCAAGAUCUCUGGGCAGCACAACAACACUUUGGCACUAAUGACUCUCCAUGCGCAAAAUAUCUUUAUGGCACAGCGCCGGCUCUUUGUCUUCGUCGUCGGCAUCUUUGGGGCCACUGCACGCAUUUUCCGGUUCGAUCAUGCUGCAGCUGUUGUAUCAGAGAGUUUCAAUUACUGCGAGCAUCCCGAAAUCCUUCGCACAGUUGGUGUCUGUGGCGCGGAUCCAUUCAUCCGAAUCCCCGAGAAGCGUGACGUUCUCUGGUCACAGAAGCUACUCCGCAAAUUGAAGAAGCCUCUUCUCACGCCAGACGAGCGGAGGAUGUGUCGAUGGAUCACCGUACGAGACAGAAAUGGGGAUACAUCUAGGUUCCUAGCAUUUAGGCUGCUAUACACCAAUCCGGACAUCUUCUCCCGCGCGACGACCGUCUGGGAAGCUUUUAGAGAUGGCGAAGUGGAUGCUGAAACAGACUUUCACGCCAUCCUUCGUGACGGUGUUGAUAAUGCAUCGCAUGCUUCGUCUAGCAGCCGCAUUCCUGAUCGCAAUGAGAGACAGCAUGGCUUGCGUGGGAUAGCCGAGGUCUAUACUUCUGUCGAUUUCGGGCGUGAGGAACUUCGUUGCUAUGACACUUUGAUAGAGGCAUUCCGCGAUGCAAUCAUCGGUCACCAAAAAGCCUACGAGGCUGGUAUCAUCCAUAGAGAUAUCAGCGAGGGCAAUGUGCUACUCGCUGAAGACGAAUCCUUCACAGGCUUCAUUGGUGAUUUUGAUCAUAGCUUCAAUUGGAAGACGUUCCUCAAAGAGCGAGGUCUAGAGCAAUAUGCUCGGCAACGGUAUGUAGCGAAUAAUGGGCCGGGGACGCGACUGGAUGAACCUGGUGACCAUUCACCCAGCGAGAGAAGACCUAUCAAACGAUGGGCUCAGGAGCGAACGGGUACCUUGUACUUCAUUGCCAUCGAAGUGCUGGAAGGGAUCUCUCUACAUGAAGCUCGCCAUGACUUGGAGUCGUUCUACUGGCUGCUGUUCUGGCUCAUGCUACGUCACACUAAGCAUGACCAUCCUAAUGAACAGAAAGCAAGCGAUUUCUACUUCAAGGCACCCUCGGACAGCGCCCUCGCUGAGUACAAGAGCGUCUGGCUUAUUCAGAAUACCCCAAUUUCGGUCCCGGGAAACCGCCCGAUGUCGAAGUUGCUGGCUAAUUUAGGGGACCUUUGUCGGCGGAACUGCUUGCUUUCCCACUUGAAUCACCCGAUUGAACCCCUCACGCAUGAGGUUAUGCUGGCGAAGUUCAACGAGGCACUCGCUAGCCCGGGCUGGCCAGAGGAUGAUCCUGCGAUCCCGGUGAAUCCGCAACCCUCCGAGCUUUUUAAACCCUGUGUCAAGGACGACCGGAAAUUCCACAGCAACAGUUUGCCUGAUGACCACUAUCCGUUAGAGCGCCUUGUCAGGACCGUACAGGUAAGAUCAUUCAAGGGGACUGCGACUUCUCGAGUAGCCUGGACGACGGUCAGUAUCGGAGCGAAUCUUCCGUAUAUCGGCCCUCAAGGACCCGGGGUCCGCGACGAAAGAUCACCACUCGGAGCAGGCCUAGCAAACGCGGCCGCGACGAUGAUGAUGGGCUUCUUCUUUCAGCACUGUAGUCACGGGUGCAUCACUAUAGUGUUGCUCUUCCUCUCCAAGUUUGUCAACCGAAGACUGCAGUCCUCGCGAGGACGUAAGGAUGAGCCCCUUGCUCUCGCCUACCCAGGCGGCGACGCCUGCUUGUGGUCCGUCUCCGUGCACGAGAAGCGCGAGGCGCAGCACAAGGCAACUGGACAGUGUGUGUUGACUUACAUGAAGGAGAGUGCUGGAAGCAAGCUCAGAGCUGAAAACACUGUCAGAAAACUCUACGGUGUGAUACAUUAG